CCUUUGCCAUUAGCUCUCUCUCCAGCACAUUCUGAUCGACGAAGUUAAUACCGAGGUCCUGCAAUUCUCCACCAUUAUCGGAGCUUGGGAUUGCUGCGCUGACAGAUGCAUCGGCUUCAGCCAUUACAUGGUCUUGAAGCAAAGCUUCUGUAGCCGAAGACUUUUCUUGAAUCGUUGAUGGUGACUCUGAAGAAUCGUCCAUUACAAGUCGAGAGGGGUAAAGGUAACAAAGUCUUGACGCUGGCGGAAGUCAAGAUUCGUAAAAGUGACGCUUCAAAUUCGACGCUUUUUUGGACUGCGGUGCAAGUCACGUCAAGCAUUGCACAAUGCAUCCUCGACAAGCAUUGUUCACGCCACAACUGGGCCUCAUUGCCCGCAAUGCAAACACCAUUUCCCGAAGUUACUCUUCAUUACCCGAUCCAGCCGGUACAGGCUCAAGUUCACUCGGUGGCUUUGUUUCGAAUGUUGCAAACCAAUUAGGAGUCGGCGAGUUUGCCACUGGAGGAUUACAACUAGCUGUUAUAGGAGGUAUCCUCGCCGGAGUUCGACUGUUUGGGGGCUAUUUUGUCGAUUAUGUUAGAAAGCGUAUUAUCGUAACGGCUAAUUUCGAUAGUAGAGAUGAAUCGUACAGCUGGAUCUUGAACUGGCUGAAUGAGCAUCCAUAUAGUGCUCAAGCUACACAAUUUUCAGUGUCUACUGUCAUUUCUCGUGGUGGCCAAAGAUUACCUGGAGAAGGCCUUGAUACCACUGCUCCACCUGUGUAUUUUUUGCCUGCUUAUGGCUUCCAUAUGUUGAGAUAUAAAAAUCGACUUAUUUGGCUUCGCAGAGAGCGACCACCGUCGAAUGCUGUAGCCAACGUUGGGCAAUCAAAUGCACCAGCCGAACUUAUUUCAAUAAGUACAUUUGGUCGAUCUAGAGAGCCGCUGCAUGACUUGGUCUGGUCAGCGAGAAUGACAUUUUUGCAAAGAGACAAAAGCCGAACUGUGGUGUUUGCAGCUGAUCAAUAUGGAGCUUGGCGUCGCACUCAAUCUCGGCCAAAGCGACCUUUAAGCACUAUUGUGAUUUCUCCAACUGUAAAACAGCGACUUGUCAGCGAUGCCAAGGAAUUUUUAGAGUCAGAGAAUUUUUAUGCUGAGAGAGGAUUGCCUUAUAGACGUGGUUAUUUGCUGUAUGGACAACCAGGAUCUGGCAAAUCUAGUAUGAUCCAUUCACUUGCAGGAGAACUUGGACUCAACAUCUAUGUAAUUACACUCAGUAACAAAAGCUUGACUGACGACACUCUAGGAGAGCUUGUAAGCGAUACACCAAGCAGGUGCUUACUGCUUAUUGAGGACGUUGAUUCGGCAUUUGUCCAGAGAACACAGGGAGCAGCAUCCUCUUCAGUUACCUUUUCUGGUUUACUUAACGCUAUCGAUGGUGUAGCUGCGCAAGAAGGCCGCAUACUGUGUAUGACCACCAACCAUAUUGAGCGCUUGGACCCGGCAUUAAUUCGACCAGGUCGCAUCGAUGUUAGAAUUCUAUUUGAGAAUGCUACGCAAGCUCAAGCCGCUGAGCUCUUUAGAAAGUUUUAUCCUCGGAUACCCGAAAUAGAAGCUGCCAUGAUGUCCAAGGAGUUUUCCUCAAGUAUUCCUGAUAGACAAUUCAGCAUGGCUCAUUUGCAAGGAUACCUUAUGGGUCAAAAAAAUGACCCAGUAGCGGCGGUCACGGGAAUUACAGAAUGGGUUCAACGUCACGAAAACGCUGAUGAACAGACGACAGCUUUCCAAGAUCAACCCGUGGAAGACUUUGGGAACACAGAAAUGUCUGGUGCGUCCACUCCCUCGCGACCAAGUACACCCAACCGUAUCCCACUAUCAUGGCGAAAAUAGCAUAUAAGCCAAAAAAGAAAAAAUGUCAUAGUAUGUAAACUGUUUGAAGGACAGGAUGUUUAGA